CCGAAACCAGGCAAGAGGCAGUCAGUAAGAUCAGGCACUCACCGAAUCAUGGCCUCUCUACAGACUGAAGACACGCUCCCAGGAGGCCUUCGCUUCCUGACGCUUCAACACGCUCACCAAGUCGCAAAGUCGAGGGCUGCAGCAGCCGCUGCAGUCUCGGCGUCGCUGAAGAUAGCUAGCCAAGCUGGGCUCACCGCCGCCGCCACGGAAAACGAGGGAGACGAGAAAGACGAAGAAGAAGAGGCUGGGCUGAAACCACUCCACGAUGGCUACCAGAAGCUCUAUUCAUACUUCCCUCCGCGCCUCGACGGUGGGAAGCAAAGCAUCACGGCGACGCAGACCAUCUAUGCCAGCGGCGCGACCGAUAAGCAGGGCCAACUGGGUCCUAAGGAGACGACAAAGUCGUUUCUCGUCCAGGCACCGCAAUUCUCACUCCCAGAAGGCUGCGUCCUGUCGGUCAACCCCGCGCCGGGCGGUCUCGCUCCCGCAGAGACGCUGCCUCACGUCGUCUUCAAGGAUCCUCAUUUGCCUUGGGAGAGGCGCAUCGAGGAAGGCGACGCGGCUCGACGAGAGCGCAUGCCCUGGCUCGCCCUGCUCGUCUUCAGCCAGGACGAGUUGCAGCUCUCGGACGAGGUGCUGGGGGGGAGUAACUCGCCCUUUGCCGUGACGAGCCUGGCUAAGGACGCCGACGGGAAGCCUGCGACGAUCAAGCAGAGUCCCGAAUUUGCUCUGAACCUCUCGGGACCCGACAUCGCGGCCUUGAACGGGCAGGGCUCCAUCAUCUCGCCCAUCCCCCAGCCGGAUGACGCAGCCAGCAAGACGGCAGCUGUGUUUCUGAAGCCAAAGCUGUUCCAACAGCUCAUCACCACCUACGAACAAAAGAAAGAGCCUAUCGAAGACGGGAAGCAGCUUGUCCGGCCGUCUCCAAAGGAAGGGCAAGCAGCUGCCGACAUCUCGCGGUUCAAGUACUUUGCCCACGUCCGCCACGUCAAGACCGCCGGCAUGACGGCCUCGGCUCAGUACAAGGAAGGCCUUUUCAGCGUCAUCAUGUCGCACAGGGCAGGGCCGCUCGAAGCGGACCAAAAGGUGCCCGCCGUAGUACAUCUUGUCUCGUUGGAAGGGUGGAAGGACAUGGCCUUCCCGCUGCCGCCUACAGCGCAGCGCGUUGCCGUGUCUUCGCUGUAUAGUUGGACAUACACGGCGUUACCAACCGGCGGCACCAGUCUCAAGGCAGAGUUUACGAACCUCGACAAGGACAUCGGCCUCCUGAGAGCGCCAGACGCCCUGCUUGCCAAGAUGGAGGCGUCAAAGGACGCGAAGCUCGUCGCGAAGCUUGCCAAGAGAGUCAGGGAGGGAUACACGAUGCAGCGUCAUUGGACGAGGACGGGCGAGGAGACGAGCUGCUACUUCAGAGCUGCCCUCGUGCCCGUGAUGCCAGCCGAGCCAACAUGGACGGCCAUGUCGCAGUGCGGAAGCGAUCUACAGAUCCUGGACCGCGAUACGGGCAUGAUGGACAUCACGUACUCAGCCGCGUGGCAGUUGGGAAAGUCGCUGGCCCUUGCCGACGCCGCCUUCACGACGGCUCUGACGCGGCUGUGGAACGGCUUAUACGGCAUGUGUCUAGACGGUGCCAAGCGGGACAAGCUUAACGAGGAGAAUGCCUUCAAGAGCAGAACCGAGGUUUUGCAGUCUCUCAAGACGUCCAUGAUGACCCUGAGCAAGAUCCAGAGACUCUCGACGGAAGACCGUCAGGGUAAAGACGCGCAGCCCCGAGGCAUGCCGGCUGCUCGACGCCCGUUGAAGAAACAAGUCAUUGCGCUGGCAGUCGACGAUGCCGCGAUCCUCGAGAAGAGCGAGGAACGAGCCAAGAGGUAUAUUCGACGGCUUGCCGGGGCCAAAAACGACGACGGCAAGGAAUACUCGGACGGUCCAGAUGGGCAGCGCUUCUACAACGAGCUCAACGCGUGCGUCUCGACCGAGUGGAAAAUUAUACUCGGCUGGAUCAUGGACCGCAUGCAUCUCUUUGGUGUGCCGCCGCCCUACCUCCUCGCCGACCCGAGCUUCCUGCCCCAGGAGAGCAUCCGGUUCUUCCACAUUGAUGCCAACUGGCUCGAUGCUCUCAUCGACGGCGCCCUCAGCCUCGGGAGCCACAUGGAUAAAAAGGACAGCUACAUCCGCCGGAGGAUCAAAGGGGCCAUCAACACGUAUCUCCAGACGACAGACCCGGCCACGGGAUUCAGGCCCCAGAUACCGACGUACGGGAUGCUUCUGAGAUCCGUCUUGGUCUCCCGCUUCCCCGACCUCAAGAUCGAGGCGCCCAUUCCGGAAAACGCCCCAGAGGCAGGAAGAGUGGCGAUCCUCAGACAAGAGAUGAUUGGCGACGGGCUGCUCCUGUGUCUCUUCGACAGGGUCCCCGGCAAGGACGACGAGAUGCCCGUCCUGGCCAUCACGCAGCCGCCGCAUCAGCAGACAUUUGCGCUGUGCAAUACGCUCACGCCCGACUCGCUCAAGACGAAGUAUAGGCGCACCUACACGGUCACGAGGGACGAGUACGACUUUCCGGGCAAGCUGCCCGAGAGGACGCUGCCCGAGAGGACAACGGAGCGCCGCCAUGAAGCAUCUGGAUCUUCGGGCGAGGCUGGGCCGCCCAUCUUCCUUUGGGGGGACCAAGGCGAUGCCCGAUUCCUCCUCGUCGACGCCUGGGCCCAGGACGUCCUGGACGUUCUCCGCAACAAGAUGCCGGACGACUUCACCGACGGCAUCAUGACGUCGGCCGUGGCGGCGUUCCAGCUGGGCGAGCCCAUCUAUCGCUUCUGCAUCGGCAAGACGUCCAGUCUCAAGUCCCUUGAGCCAGACCCGAGCCGUCCACCUCGAGUAAAGGCGUUCCAGCUACUGGACCCUAUGCGUAGCAGCGACUCGCAGGAGGCAGCCCAGGGAGUCACCUCUAGUUUGGUCAUGCUACAGCAUCCAGUAGCCCCAGCAGCCCCAGCAUUCCCUCUCAUUGCGGCGACGAGCCUCGGGUCUGGCCCGUCCCCUCACUUUCACUACGCACCCCCGCUGCUACACAUGUCUUCCCUGGCCCCCUCCCUUGUGGAGAUGGCGCAAGCGGUGACCAUACCGGGAAACGAGGGAGCUACCGGGGUCAAAUUCGCCUACAGAGUGCAUGCCAUCGAGGCUCCGAAUAGCCCGCUUCUGACGGGCAGGGGACCCCUGGACCUCAUCUUCACGAUACGGCGGUCAGAUGACGAUCUUCUCUUCAAGGACUAUUGGCUCAAGAGCAUCAAGCUCGCCGUACCCCGCGGCGAGAAGCGAGACUCGCCCUCGACCGCCAACCUGUUGGACAACUACACGGGGCCCGGGCCGUCGAUGCUGAGCAAUCUGCGGUUCAACGUGCUCUCCGAUACGACGGUGGACACCCUAUUCCUCGAGAUUCGGCCACGUAGCAGAAAGGCCCGCAAAGACGGUGUCUUCAUCGACCGGGUCCGAGAGUGCGGCUUCGUGCUGCCGCUGGUCGACGUUCACGACUAUGAUCGGACGGUGACGGUGCAUUACACGGAGGAAUGGUACCACCCGCUCCACUCGCCGGGGCCGAGAUCCCAUUUCUUCGAGAUAGACCUCCUGCCGUCAGGGCCUCAGCUUCGGCCGCAGUAGGUAUUGCACUUGAUGAGGAAUAGUUCAUCUACUAGUUCCCAGUGUACUAGUUCCCGGCGGCACCAGGAUCCUGCAUCGGCACAUAUCCGCCGGUUUUCUCAUAGCCCUAGAAUAGAUUAGCUCCCGGUCAUAGUCGAAACUAGCGGCGUCGAGUAUGCCGUGAUAAUCAAUAGUUGACCUGGCUACUGUCCAAUCUAAGUUCAAUAGGGUCUAGCCAAGUCAAGUAGACCGGAUGGUGGGGCGUUUUCCCCGAAACAUUCAUCCCCAUCGACGUGUGAUGUACGGAG